AGCUUAGACGUAUCCUGUUUUGGAGAGGAGUUCCGGGAACAGCGCUCAUAUUUAAGCCUUUUCAUAAGUAGUACACGCUACACAGUUGCUUGAACAGAAGAUAAAGACAUCACAGAAGUUACAGGUCAGGAAGAGAAGAUGUGGCGUACGAAUGUUGCUGGGGUUUGUUUGGCAAUGGUCGCAGCCGUGGUGAUGGUCAACGCAGUGAGUGUGUACAGGAGUGAGCAGGACGUGGAAUCCGCUAUAAGAUCUGGCUUCAUCAGCCGUCUGCGUCCGUCAGGGGGUUUCCGGGGCCUGACCCGCAAUGGCGCCUCAGGUUCAGGUUCAGGUAUCCCCAAAGUGGACCUCUUGUUUGUGUUGGACAGCAGCGGUAGCAUCUCAGAGAGCGAGUUUUACACCCUGAAGCAGGCUAUGAAGGACGUCGUGGCCGUGGUACACGAGCAGACCCCCAUACAGCCGGGUGGAUCACGCAUCGCUGUCAUGAAGUUUUCAGAAAUAUCUAAAACCAAUAUGCAGUUUGGUUUUGGCGCCAAACCAACUGAACUCCAGGUCAAGAUGGCGAUCGAUGCCCUCACUCAUGAUAAAGGAGGCUGGACAGCUACGGGAACGGCCCUGGAGAAAGCCAAAGAGGUGUUCCAAGGCAGCGACCCGAGCAGAGUGAAGAUGAUUUGGGUCCUCACGGACGGCGAGUCCAACGUACAGCCCAAACCGGGGAUCCCUGCCGCAGCCUUAAGGCGGGACAACAUCCUCAUCUACGUGGUGCCCAUCGGAGACGCCGUCAACCAAGCCAACAGUUCUGCCCGGAGAGAAGUCGAGUCUAUGGCGUCCGAACCGAAAGAGGAGUACAUCUAUGAGUUCCCGUCGGCCGCCGUGGCCAGCCGCACGCUCUCGAGGCUGGCUAACCGUGGAAACAUGUUCAGUGGUUUCAGAAUCCAAGGAUAGAACACAAACGCGGCCUUCAUCGUAGAUAUUUGUUGAUGAUACGGAAUCGCCAUAAUUAGAAACCCUGGUUACCGAUAAACAGUUAUGCAACAGUGAUUAAUGUUGAUAUCCGAAUGCGUCUUAUAAAGCGUAUUCGGUCUCAAAUAACUCUUUCAUGGACAUAUAGCAGACGUUUCGUUGUCAUCGCUCCACUUCUACACGUCAACAAUAUUGUCACCUAUUUAUCUUGUGACUAUUAAAAUGUGGAAUCAGC